AUGAAUCUGUUGGCCAGAAGUGCAAUAAGUUAUCUCAAGAUUCAAAGUAUUCAGCAAUUUAGGGCAAGGCAUAGCCAUACAAAAUGUACACAAGGUUUUCAUGAUAGAUACGGAAAUGUUCUACUGGUCAGUGGAAGCGCUUUCUGUCUUGUUACAUGGUGGUUUGUACUCACUCAGUCUGGGGUGAAUUUGAAUCUUUCCCCUGUUGGCAGAGUCACCCCCAAAGAGUGGAAUGAUUAG